AUGCUGUGUUUACAGGAGACCAAGAAGGAAGCGGUUGACAGAACCACGUGUCAGGCACUGUGGGGGGAAUCUGAUUUAUGUUGGGAAUCACAGCCCGCAUCAAAUUCAGCAGGUGGGUUGUUAUGUAUUUGGAAUGAUCAGACCUUUCGGGUAAAAAGGAAAAUAACUGGCAGGGGCUUUAUUUUCAUGGAGGGCAUUUGGAUCCAAGACAUGCAGAGAAUAUUCUUAGUGAAUGUAUACUCCCCCUGUGAUGCUCCUAGUAGGCGCAUCCUGUGGGAAGACAUUAAACAACUUAAAAGUCAGAACUCAGAUGGAAACUGGUGCAUAAUGGGCGAUUUUAACAGCAUUAGAGAUCCUGCGGAGAGAGUAAGUGUCACUCAAAGGGAGGCAGAUAACAAUUCCAUUUCAGAGUUUAACUCUUGGUUAGAGGAGCUAGAAGUGGAAGAAGCGCAAUGUGUGGGGAGAAGAUUCACUUGGUAUCGAUCAAAUGGAACUGUAAAGAGUAAGCCGGACAGAUUUUUUAUUUCAGAUGCUUGGAUGUCCUUAUGGCCUGGUAGCACCUAUUUUAUCUUGGACAGAAAUUUUUCGGACCACUGCCCUAUUUUGCUUAAAUCUACAAACGUAGACUGGGGACCCAAACCAUUCAGGGUCUUCGACUGUUGGCUGAAAGAGAAGGCUUUUACAGACCUAGUUCAAGGGACUUGGAAGAAUAUAGUGGUAAGGGGGUGGGGGUGA